AUGUCUCUUGGACGCACUUUCAAGCUGAACUCGGGCUACGAGAUUCCCGCUGUUGGUCUCGGCACUUGGCUGUCCAAGCCUCACGAAGUCGAGAACGCGGUCGAGGUUGCUCUUCGCAAGGGCUACCGUCAUAUAGACGCUGCGGCAUGUUACCAGAAUGAAAACGAAGUAGGAAAUGGAUGGAAGAAAUCGGGUGUGCCCCGCGAAGAGAUCUUUAUCACCAGCAAGCUCUGGAACACCCAUCACCACCCAGACCACAUUGAAGAAGCCCUCAACAAGACACUGAGUGACCUCCAGACCGACUAUCUUGACCUUUACCUGAUCCACUGGCCCGUCGCUUUCGAUCAUACCAACGAGACCCUCACCCCGAUCGACCCGGUGACGAAGCGAUUCCGUAUUGCCGAUAUCCCGGUCGCCGAUACGUGGGCCGUGCUGGAGAAAUUUGUCGAGGCUGGUAAGAUCCGCAGCAUCGGAAUCAGCAAUUUCACCGUCGAGGCGACGCAGGCGUUGCUCAAGACAGCCAAGAUUCCUCCUGCGGCAAACCAGAUCGAGGCCCACCCUUAUCUACUGCAGCCUCAAUUGUUUGACUUUUUGAAGGAGAACAACAUUCUUCCUAUUGCUUACAGCCCACUUGGAAACAACAUCUACAACUUGCCACGUGUUGUCGAUGACCCGACCGUGGUGGAAAUCGCUAAAAAGCUAAACAAAGACCCUGCCAUGCUACUAGUCUCAUGGGCUGUCCAGCGAGGCUCUGCGGUUCUGCCCAAGAGUGUUACACCUUCUCGGAUUGAGAGUAACUUCCAGGAUUUCGUUAUCCCGGAUGCUGAAUUUGACGCCCUCAACAAGCUGGACCGCAACGAGCGGUACAACUAUCCCUUCCGCUGGGGUGUGGACGUCUUUGGCGAGUUGGGAGCUGCUGAAGCUGAGCGACGUGCUGAGGAGCAUGCUGCAAAGUUGCGUGAGAGC